AACAUAUGUUCAAACAGUCGGUUGUGGAUGAAGUUCUCGAGUCAGGAUUUAUAAGCAGUAGGAGAUUGCAGAUAGUCAUUUCAACUCAAAAUCCUGGUCAACAAUAUUCGAAGUGACGUAAAACGAUGGUGCCUCAAAAGUAUCUGCUCGGACUAACGUUGGUCUUCACUUAUCACGGGCUUUUGAUGGGUGUGACAACGGCAGGUAGAAAAUACACACUGUUCAAAACUCCUGGCAGUUGGAAUGAAGCACAAGAUGUUUGUGUGAACACCAACAAGCGGAUGCUCAAGAUUGCGUCGGAGGCUGAGAUGAAAGUCUUCAGGAAGGUAUUAGAGCCUUGGAUCAAUGACGGGCGCUUAACUACAGAUAUGUGGUUGGGUUUGUAUGACAAGGAACCCACAGACCCUGAUUUUGUACACUACUGGCAGUACGAUUGCAGCCCUCUCGGGAAAUAUGCCCCUUGGUUAACCAACAUUGAACCGGAUGGAAAAGGAAAGGAGAACUGUGUCCGAACCACGAAGGAUGGGGUUUUCAAGACAAGACCUUGCGAUUCGACUCUAGCUGUUAUUUGCCAGGAAAACACAGACCAAUGCUGGUACGAGGAGUUCGUAGACAAGACGAUAUCUCUGCACAACCUGCUGACAUCAUCAGAAACAGAUUUAAAGACUUGUAAGGCGAUGUGUUUGGAGGCAGCAACAGGAACGGACGAGUGUGUCGCAAUAUCACACAGCGGCAAGACAUGUAACAUCUACACCGCGGACAGCAUUUACAUCACCACUGUGCCCACGAUGACCGACGAAAACGGCUACAACUCUCUUGUAAAACGAUGCUACGAUGGUACUUACAACGAACACCCGCCAACAGUUGCUGAAAACAAGGCCAAGGUUGCUGAAAACGUUGAUUGCACAACCACAACUAGUACAUCUACUUCUACAACGACUACAACGCCUAUUACUACUACUUCAACUACCACUACUGCAACUACCACAGCUGCUGCAACGACUACAACCACAACGGCUACGAAAACUACCACAGUAACUUCCAUAACGUCCACAACCGCUGCAUCAGCUUCCACAACAGCUCCAACAACGACAACGAAAACCACAACAGCCGCAAUGACUGCUGAAUCAACUACAACCACGCCCGCUGCUCUCGCCACAUCAACUUCUAUAACUUCUACAGCAGCUGCAACGACUACCGAAACAACAGCAACGACCACUGCAACAACUGCAACGACUCCAUCAGUUGCAACAACUUCUACUCCAUCAGCGUCCACUACUUCAAGUACUUCUACAGCAGCUGCAACGACUACCGAAACAACAUCAACGACCACUGCAACAACUGCAACGACUACAUCAGCUGCAACAACUUCUACUCCAGCACCGUCCACUACUUCAAGUACUUCUACAGCGACAACAACCACUGCAAAUUCUGCACAAGCUACGAUAUCAACACCAGCUGCUACAACGACCUCUAUUCCAGCUACCACAACUGUGACCGAGGUGACAUCCACGUCCCCACAUGAAGCCGCUAUUUGCAACAUCAGUGGGUCACGUCCAGGGCCUAGCAACACCACGUGUAGUUCAAUCUGCCUGAACCUCGCAGGACCAAACAGCAUCGAGUGGCAGCAGUUGAUGCAGACAUUACUACUGAACAGAAAAAUGCUAUCUUCCUACCGACGAGCCAAGACUUCAGCACGAGAUGACCGACCUUCUGCCGGGACGCUUGGGGCAUCGGGAAUCGGAAUUCUAGUGCUAGUGUUUGGAUCUCUCAUUCUGCUAGACAUGGAUAGAUUUGUGUCAAUGUUACAUCGAGCUUUCAAAAUGCCUCGUCGAAAUACAUCACGAACCUUCUCGCUUGACAAGAGUCUGUGACAGCUUCAUAGCUACUACCCUGGCAUUUAUAAAUAAAUCCCUGGGGAUUCUCGAGUGGAAUAACGACACACGACGUAAGAGCCGACAGUGGGGAUUGUGGGGUUAAAAUGUCUCACCACGACUGCAUGGAUCGUUGGUCAUGCUAUCAACCACUAGCUUUACAGAUCCAUGUAAUUACCAGGUCGCUGUGACGCAGCGUGACUAUUGCUGGAUAUAUUGCUGGAGUAAACAAUAAUCAUUCACUCACUUAUUUAAUAACAACUGUAACCUAAUUAAAAUCUGAUCUUUUGAUUUCACACGACACCUCUCUGCUUGAAGAACCGAGAACACCUCCAAAGGGGGUCACGUCAGGCGUCUUCGAACUUCCCGUGUGUUUUUUUUAUGUGAAUAAUUGACUUGGAUUUGCAUGUGUUGGUGACUUUUGCCACCGUUAUGGCAGGAUAUGCUCACAAUUCGCGAACAUAUGGUGUCAUCACAAUUUGACAGUGAUUCAUCCAUUUACAUGAUAUACUCGGACUCGUACACUCUUUUCGGCUUUUAUCUUGGAUUGGGAUUUGCCGCUUUUAUUUCACAUCCCAAUCUACAUCUUGAGCAAAUGACAAAUGUCGUUUUAGUUUGACACAGAAGAACACGACUGCAGGCGUUCGACUGACAAGAUGCAUACGGCUGCGUCUAUAUACUGUAGAUGAAGGUUACACGGACAAGUUGGUAUCUCACGGAUGGCGUGUACCUUGUUUUGGUUUCUUUAAUUUAUACUUCACUGCAUGAAAUGUUACUUCCAUUGACUUUUUGUGUACUAUAUAAUAUGCGCUUUUUCAUUUCUUUCUAAAAUAUGUGCUUCUUCGACCAAAGGGAUUAAA